AUGAAGAGGCCAGCAGAGUCUGACCUGGUGCAGCCUCCGAAGACUGCCGAAUCCAGAGAUGCAGGCAAUCCCUUUGCUGGCGUAUCGUUGUUCAGCAACGCAUCUUCCUCGUUUCCUACGGCAUCGGCUGGUGGGUCAUCCACAGGAUCGUCAGCUCCUGGAGAGUCGGCCAAUCCUUUCAUGGGACUGUCGCUUUUCUCACCAGCUACAUCAGGAAGCUUGUUUUCGACAGCUGUAACAUCUUUGCACGGCAGAGCUGCUGACACCGGCAAAGCUGUGGAGGAAUGCAGCGAGGCAGCCCAAGUGGAACAGUCUGAAGUGGUGGAGGCGCAGGAAGGUGGAGAAGAGGCGCAAGAUGGAGAAGAGGUUGAGGAAGAGCAUGAUCUCGACAAAGAAGAGAAAGACGGGGAAGGUGGCGACGAGCCGACAGGUGAAGAGGAUGAAGAAGUUCUCUUCCGAGCAGAUUGCAAGCUUUGGAAGCUGGUCAAACUUCCAGCAUCUGACUCCAAGGAAGGGUCAGAGGCUUGGACCUGGCAAGAGAGAGGCUGUGGAAUCGUGCAGAUCAAUCGGCACAAGAGGACGCGAGCCUGUCGGCUGGUGAUGCGCAUGCGGGGCGUUUUGAAGCUCCUGCUGAACACGCCGGUUUUCCCAACGACAAGGUACGAAAUGGUUGGGCAAAAGUCUGUGCGCUUCGUCGGUGUUGAUGCCGACGCGCAUGAGGCCAAGUCCGAAAAAGUGCCAUUUUCCGCUUUCCGCUUGAAUCUCCAUAGCAGCGACCAGCAGGGCAAGUUCCUGGCCAUUCUGCGCGACGCGGCCGAUUCAGCAAAGAGUUGA